AUGCGACCAUCACCAGCGCGCCUUCUCAACAUCCUCGUGCCCGUGAAACGCGCGGUCGACUAUGCUGUCAAAAUUCGUGUCAAUCCCCAGCAAACGGGUAUCGACACCAAUGUGAAGCACUCUAUGAACCCAUUCGAUGAAAUCGCCGUCGAAGAAGCUGUCCGCCUGCGCGAAAAGCUGAAAUCCUCCAUCGAAUCCAUCAAGCUGGUGAGUAUUGGACCCUCCAAGUGCUCGGAGACACUUCGCACCGGCCUUGCCAUGGGUGCCGACUCUGCCAUCCAUAUCGAAACACCCGACUCGGCUCCUGCUCCAGAACCGCUCGGAGUAGCCAAGGCACUGCGCCAGAUCAUCGCAAAGCAAGAAGGUGGCAUCGACAUCGUUAUACUGGGCAAGCAGGCCAUCGACGAUGACGCUGGUCAGACCGGUCAAAUGUUGGCGGGUCUCCUAGGCUGGUCACAGGCUACCUUCGCCUCCAAGGUUGAUAUCGAUGUUGAGAAGAAGGUGGCUACGGUGCUGAGAGAGAUAGACGGAGGUUCAGAGGAAAUCCGCUGCCGGCUACCUGUGAUUAUCACGACGGACCUUCGCUGGGCCUUAGCUGAACUCAGCCGCUCAGAACCUCGGUACGCGUCGCUUCCCAACAUCAUGAAGGCCAAGAAGAAGCCAAUCGAAAAGCUAACCCCCGAGCAACUGGGAGUCGACUUGACACCCCGACUCCAAACCAUCAAAGUUUCAGAGCCCCCAAAGCGCGUCGGCGGUGCCAAGGUGGAGAAUGUCGACCAGCUAAUAGAAAAACUAAAGGAGGCUGGGUUCACGGCCGCAUAA